UUUGAAUUUGGAAAAGUCGGGCAGGGUUUUCAUUAUGGGAUGAAAUGCUUGCCAGAUCUUGUCUGGCCUCUCUUAAACAAAAGUCAAGUAGAAUGUAGAAAAGCGCCUGGGCACAUAUGGAGACCAGCUCAAAAUACACCACAGAUGUCAUCGAGUGUAUCUUGUAUAAAAACAUUUGGCAAGCACAGCACAGAAAAUGACGGUUCUAGCGUCCAGAAUGCUCUAUAACAGGGUAUCUACGCUAGGAGCUGAGGACCGUGGUGGAUCACUUUUUGUUAUUAACCUUACUGAACUCUUAGAUUUUCGUCCAAAUAGAUCUAUCUUAAGGCGGAACAUUGAUGAAGUUGCAACUUUCAACUGCACUGUUUGGACCGCAGAUUGUAGAUCUGAUGGGAGUCCUGCAGUGAUUGGAACCAAUCUGGGAGCUGCUUUGGUAGAUCUGGAAACUGGGGUGAAAUCAUGGCUGCUGCGUGGUAAAAGUGAUGUUUUGGCACAACAACUUGUUCACUCGGGAAAUCUUGUUUUAUGUGGACUCAGAAAUGGAGCAAUUGUAACGGUUGAUGUUCAUGAGAAACGGGAAGGAUUUUCUGCAAGACAUGCUAGUCAUAGAAUACGGCACUCACCUUUGGAUAGCACUCCUGGAAAAUCUAGUGAAAAAUGGUUCAAGCUUUCUGGAAAUAUACAUCCGUAUCAUACCAUAAAAAUGCCUUCAUCUAUUGCAUGUUUAGUAUCGCUUCAGUUUGAUGAUCAGUACUUCUUGGCAAGCUCCAUGGACGGAACGGUAAAGCUUUAUGACCAUCGCAUAAUCCAAAGAGGAGCUGUCCAAACUUAUGAGGGGAAUGUGAAUUCCCAUACUCGUUUGCAGCUUGGUGUUGAUCCAUCUGAGCGAUUUUUUAUAUCAGGCGGAGAGGACUGCAAUUUAAGACUUUGGAGUAUAAAGUCAGGUGAACUGCUUUUUGAGGACAAGUUAACAAAUACAGUCACCCCAACUGUGUGCUGGCAAAAAGCUGAAGCGUUUAAAGGAUUGCAGGAUGAAAGGCAAAAGCUAUGACAAUGUUAAACAUGAUAGCUUGGGGGCUUGGCUUGGAUCGGCAGAAGGAAUAUUUUACGUGGACUGGGAACUUUGAGUGUGAGUACUGCGGUCGUGUCCUCAAGAAAUUUCUUACAAACAUGCCCAGAGCUCAGCUAUACUUUUUGUAAUUAGGCUUCUGAGUUUUGCAACUCCAUGCAUGCUCACUAGGCAUGAAGGUUUCCCAAGAGAUGAAUCACAAGGCAAUGCUGUUGUCUGCAGGAUCUAUGCAGGAAUGCAAGUGAUCACUUUCAGCUGAGAUGCACAGGACCGUUCGCCUUGAGAAAAGGAUGUUAGAUGGUAAAAAACUGCUAAAAGUAGUGCCAGCUGCUUCCUAGUUUUUUUUAUUCUGUUCUGUUUCUAUUUUCUUUUGUAAAAGCAGGUAAGUAGUGAGUUUGUAAAAUCAGAUGGGAAAUCAGUUGUGUGAUAUUAGUACCCCAUAAUAUAUAAUGAAUGAUGACAAUUUCACUUGUA